UCGCCCAGUGUGUCGCCAAGUGUCUUGGUUUUUACCUCUGCUAGCCUGUCAGCCAGCGUGUCGACCAGCGGUUCUGCCAGUCUAUCACCCAGUGUGUCGCCAAGUGUCUCGGCCUCCACCUCUGCUAGCCUGUCAGCCAGCGUGUCGACCAGCAUCUCGGCCUCCACGUCGGCUAGUUUUUUGCCGAGGCUCUCGACUUUUACUUUUCCUGCUAUCCUGUCCGCCAGCAGCCUGUCGACUAGUCCGCUGUUUUCGCUUGUUUCUGGGUCGUUGUCUUUUACUGUUUCUGCUAGUGUGCCUGGAGUAUCCGUUGGAGAGAAUUUGACGACCUUUUCUGUAGUUCCUUCUUUUUCUUCUUUGUUAGUAUCUUCGUCUUGCCUGCCAGGAUUUUCUGGGGUCAAUUGUUCUGAAGGUUGGUUUUGAAUUUUUUUCCUGGGUUUGUUUUUCGAGUUUGAGUCGUUUGAAGGUAAAAUGGGAUAAAGCAGUGUUUGUUUUGUUUUGGGAGCGAAAUAGUUUGAAUAUUUUGACUUUCGUCACGGUCGUAUGAUUUUUAAAUAUCCUUGUUAGUCUCGUAAUAGUAAUACGUUUGCAAGAUUUAUUAUUUCAUUUUUUUUAGAUAUCAAUGAUUGUUUGGGUGUGACAUGCCUUAACAAUGGCACUUGCAUGGACCAAGUGAAUGGAUAUACUUGUCAAUGCAACAUUGGCUUUUAUGGACUCAAUUGCGAAAUAGGUAUUGUUCACCUAAGUUUCUUUGUAUACUUUUAAAGCUUUUUUUUUGGUUUUGUUAAUGGUGUCGAUUUCAUGGGUUUUCAAGGAGUCCUUGACACGCUUGACACGAUGAAACUUAUGUUAUUUCAUAUUGUAACCACCCUCAUAACCCGGGACAGGACGAACCGACUAUUCCCUUAAUGGAGUUCAUAUUUUCGCAAAACAACUCGCUAUUAGUCUCUAAUUUAAAGAUGAUAACGCCAAAUUGUUUCCUCUUUUGCUGAGGAUUUUGACAAACUAAUAAUGCGUUAUACGUUUGUACAGGUCCCGAGAUUUAUUAAUGUUUUGGGCGUGACUUUCUGUUUCUUAAACAGAGUUUUCAAUUAAGGUUUUUUUAUCCUUAGACAUUGAAAUAUAAAGAGAGCCGAAACCAUAUAUCUCUUGUUACUGUCCUCUAGCGUUGAUGUUACAAAAAUCGUCUGUUAACAAUCCUUUUUUGAAAAAUUCAUUUUCAAUACGAAACAAGUCAUAACGUGACAAAUGUGAACAUAGGUAUUUUCUCGCCAACGUUUUGUGAUAUAUACUAUUCCCUUUAGAGUUUUGGUGAUAUUAUUAUUUUAUUCAGUUUUACUCGAUUCAACGUGAACUGCUACAUCUAUUUCAAUUAUCUCUCUUUUAAUAUGUUGAAUUGUCUAUUCUAGUAAAGAACGGCUCGUAUUGAGGAUCGUUUGUUCUUUGAAAACAUUUAGAUAUAAACAUUUACAAAAACAACCGUAUUUAUUCAAGAGCACAAAUAGUGUGACUAAAAUGUUCCUGAAAUCGUUUUAAAACCUUGCUUUCUUUGGGUUUGUUGUUUUUAGCCUUUUUCGUGUUUGGAAUGGCGAAUACUAGAUAAACCAAAUUCACUACAAUAGUUUCGCUUAAAGCUUACUUUUUACAACCAAUACGAAAAGUGAUUACUUUUUAUAACCUGUUCUUUCUUUUAUUCUCGAUCACAAAAAUAAUCUAUAAGAUUCAAUGUGUAUUUUGAACCUGAUAACGCGAGGUCAUACAUCAUCUCAAAUCUUGAAAACAUGCAUUAUCGUUACAGAAAUGAAAUAGUUAUCCCCGACUUCACAAUCAAAGUAAAACCAGGGAAAAAUAUAAUUACUCAUACUCACUUGCUAUGCAGUUCCUGAAGGCCAGCAGGUGAGGUCAACGACGCUUAAGCUUUGCUGAAUGAGUUCUCAAAAAAGCGGCCAUUGAUAAAUCUCGUUGACUUUAUGGAACGCUUUUUUUUAAACAAACGAACGCUGAAGGAAUAAGAACCUGGUAGCAGCUGUAUUUAAUUCUGUGGCGGCAGUUGAAGAAUACGAAAGUGAAAAAAACGUAAAAUUACACAAAGCUUUAGUUGUCGAUGCAGCACAAAUAUGUACGCGUGAAUUAACCAGUCAAAGUUAUGACCAAGCUUAGACAAGUUUGGUCCUGGAGCGUAGCUAAGCGGUAAGGAAAACAUAUUUUUUUUUACCGGGGCGUCACUUAACAGGUUUGCUUUUCUCCAAAACAAACGCAUAAUACAUUUCUGGGAUUCCCUUCCCCUCCCUUACAGAGUCUCCGUUCCUCAUUUACUAGUGUCUGUGGGGACGUACGUAUGUACACUGCGCUGAGGUCACAACCAAAUUCAAAGGGUUCAAAUUUCUAUAGCAGAGAGGCUAGCUUGCAAGCACCUCUAACAACAUACGCUUACGAAAUAAGGCUAUUUAAAUAUCUGAAGGAGAUUUAAAUAGCAAUUAGAAACGUAGGAAUAAGUGUUUGUGAGGUAAGGCGUGAGCGUUAUCGCUUUGAUAGUAAAUGAAGAACAACGCGUUGUGGAAAUACGUACUUUCUAGUUCAAGAACCAUAUACCUUGCUUUAUAGUUUCAGUGAAAAGCAGAAUACAACUUAACAGAAACUUGGUUUAUUUUACAUCUUUCUCGUAAAGGGUUUGAUGACACGUUUUCUUAUUUCAGCUCCAGACGCGUGUAAUCCAGAUCCGUGUGAAAAUGGAAUAUGUUCCAUAAGUGGUGACUCCUACAGUUGCAUUUGUGACCCAGGCUAUGAAGGCGAAAACUGUGACAUAGGUAAUGAUAUCAAUUUGGCACUUUAUGUGCCAUGAGAGUAUUUAGGUGAAAACUAACGGACGCUGAAUUAAUAACGCCCUUAUCUGGCGAAAUUAAUAAAUACAUAGAUUCAUCAAUAUUAAAGUGCUAUAUAAUGUGCGUUGUUAGAUAAAAAAUACAUUCCCGAGAAAUGGAUUUUGGAAGUGGUGGAAGGAAAUUUACGCAUCUAAAUAUUGCAGUUGAGCCUAGACCUAAGAUGUUAGCCCGCGUGCCCCUUGGUACAUUGAGGAAAUCAAGGAGCAGAAAGUGACCUGUCGUAGGCUUGAAAGGCGAUGGCGUCCUUCCCGACUCACUUCCAGCUAUCAAUCUUAUACCGACCAACGAACUGUUGUAAAGCACACCAUUUUCAAAUCAAAAAUGGAUUACUUUUCUAGCCUUCUCUAUUCAGCUGAAAGUGACGGCAAAACCCUGUUUCGCACAAUUACUCGUGUUCUUCACAGGAAAGCAGAUAAACGUUUCCCUAACAGCUCUUCUGCAGUUGAUCUCGCCAAUAAAUUCAUCCACUUUUUUGAGGAGAAAAUCGUCAAUAUCAGAAGUAAUCUUGGUACACCUGUAAUCCCUGAUUUCUUCAGAACCCUUCAUCAUCACUAACCUGUCAGCUUGUAAAUUUUGCACCAACUUCUAACACCGAACUGUCGAACAUUGCUAACAAUAUCAUCAUGAAAUCCUGUAUUUGGAUCCACUUUCCGCCACCCUACUGAAGCAGCACAUCGAUUUACUUUUACCAAUAAUAUUAUCCUGAAGAUUGUCAACUUGUCACUGGAAUCCGGUUAUUUUCCGUCUUCUUUGAAAACUGCUGUUCUAUCCCGUCUACUUAAGAAAGCCAACUUAGAUCAUGAAAUUCUUGCAAACUACAGACCUAUUUCAAACCUCAAGGUGAUCUCAAAAAUUAUUGACAUGUCGUCGCAGUACGUCUUCAAAAAUAUUCAGAAAGUAACAAGCUAAAUGAGCCACUAUAAUCUGCCUGUAAACCUUUCCACAGUUGUGAAAUCGCCCUUGUGCGCGUUUACAAUGACGUUUUGGUUGCUAUUGAUAAACGUCACUUUGUCAUGCUUCGACUGUUAGACCUGUCUGCUGCCUUCAACACUGUGGAGAUUGCACUCUAAAUAUUCUAUCUCUGCCAUAGGUCUUGAAUGGUUUCGCUUAUACCUUACUAAUCGCUCGCAAUUUUCGUUAACUGAAGGGUGUAAAUCACGGUCUGGCGAGCUCAAGUGCGGUGUACCUCAAGGUCCUGUCCUUGGACCGGUUCUGUAUGUACUCUACACAGCACCACUGGCCGACAUUCUACGAUUGCAUGAAAUGCACUUUCACUUUUACGCCGAUGACACUCAAUUGUAUAUUUCUUUCUCUACAAACAACGAUAUGGAAUUAACUAACAGUAUCACUAAGAUUGAGGAAUGCCUGUCCGAAAUUGAUAAGUGGAUGUCCAUCAACAGACUAAAACUAAGCAAAGACAAGACCGAGCCUCUCCACUAAUUCUCAAAGUAUAAUUCACAACAAUCUCUACUCCCGCUUCGCUUUGGAACUGACAUAAUCAAGCCCUCUUCACAUGCAAGAAAUAUUGGCGCUAUCUUCAAUACCGCUAUGUCAAUGCUUCCCCAAGUCAACAAUGUUUGUAAAUCUGCCUUUUAUCAUCUUCGCACCAUUUCCCGCAUAAGGAAAUACUUAUUUACGCAAACUGCUGAGAUUCUUAUUCACACCUUUGCAACUUCCAAACUAGAUCACUGCAUUUCUCUUUUAUAUAAUGUCCCUAAAAGCGUCAUCAAAAAGCAUCAAUCGGUGCAGAAUGUAGCUGCCAGACUGAUUACACGCUCUAGGAAGUGUAAUCACAUCACUCUCAUCCUCUUCGAUCUUCACUGGCUACCUGUUUCUGAACGAAUUAAAUUCAAGAUUCUACUACUUACCUUCAAGGCUCGACAUCAGCAAUCUCCAACCUACAUUCUAGACCUAAUCACCCGCUACUUACCGUCUAGAGCGCUUCGAUCAUCUUCAACGCUCAGUCUGAAUCCUCUUAGCUUUAACCUUAAUAUGAGACCUAUGGAUCUAGAGCAUUCUCUGUCUCAGCCCCCGAACUUUGGAACAAACUACCGAACGACAUACGCUCAUGAGAGAAUCUAAGUCUUUUUAAGCAUAAACUUAAAACCUACCUUUUAAAGAACUUUUAUUUUAGACAUUAGGAAGUUUUAUUUGAUUUUAUGUGUUUUAUUUAAAUUUGAAUUUAUUUUAAGCAAUUUUAAUUCUAAUUUUUUCGCUUUGUUUAGCGCCUAGAUCUAUUACUGGAUAGACGCUAUAAAAAUGUUCUUCUUCUUCUUCUUCUUCUUAUUAUUAUUAUUAAUAUUAUUAUUAAGUUAUUUCCAUUUAUUUCCUCGUUGCAAUACGGCCAAUUAAACACCAGUAAUGUAACCUCCUCAAGGGUAGUUUCUUUUUGCCGUGUAAGUGGUAAAUAGUUUGUUUUUAAGCGUUUGCAGUGCUAUGGACGACUGAAUGAUAUAAGCAUAUUCCAAUAUGAUUUUACUAAUAGCGACUUCACAUUGUUGGAAACAGAAUAUUUAGCAAUAUUUCUUCUUUCUUAGAGCAAGAACCAUUACAGUUUGAAGUUCAGAUGGAAAUACUUCAGCUAGGCUCUUCUUACGACUCCUCCCUGGCUAACAAUGACACAGACAGUUUCCGCGCUCAGUCUAACGCCUUAACCGAUGACGUUUUCGAGCCAUACUUCAGAAGCCAAUUUCCAAGUUUUGACAGAAUGGAAAUUAUUGGCUACUACCAAGGAUUUCCAGGUUUAGGAGUUCGAUACAAGCUUUACUUCCUCGCCUCCUCUAAUGUAACAAAUGUCAGCAUUGCUCUUUCUCUUCGAGAAGCCAACAAGACGAAAGACAUAAAUUUCUACACCAUUGGGGGAAAUUUGCAGGUGUCCGAAAUACUUCCGAUCUUGUUAUCAACAACACCGGCAACUACUAUAGUACCUCCAGGUAUGUUGACGCAAAUAUGAUAUUUUUAGAUAAAUGCAUUAUUUCUAGCAGUAGUCUUGUUAUUUGUGUUGUAAACCAGACACCACAAUGACGCAUUUUCAGUUUUAUGGACCUUAUAGAAUAAGUUAGUCGAAGCAAUCGUUGCAUUACCUGGCCUGCUAUCCUAUGUAGUCGUAGUUGGUAUAGGAGAGUAGUUAUGAAAGCCGGCAAACAUCACCGUUGAAACAACAAUUCUGUACUUUAUGCUGGAAGCUCCCUAACCGUGCACAAUCCUUUGUUUUUUGUUCACAAAUUAUGACUGAAUGAAUUAUUGCGUUGUUGUUAUUGGUCAGUAAGUCCAAAAUGAUAGGAAUGCUGUUUAACGUUGUGCACGGUCAAGUCAAGAAAAGCUAACAAAACCAUAUAACAUAUCUUCCUUUUUCUUCAUUAUUUCUAUGAAGUAAAUUAAAAGGUAUGGACAAAUUUGUCCGGUCAUUUGAGUGUAUUAUUUGUUGCUGACAUAUUAACGGCGUUCCUACAUUUCACUGCAUUUGAAUUCCUUAUAAACGUUCUAAAAGUCCGUAACAUGUUCUGUUGAAGUUAAAGGAAAUGUUCUAUAAACUAUUGUAUUUACAUGCACAGCAAUCUUUCUUCAGAUUUUAGUAAGCCCUGUACAUCUGUACUUGUAUAUAGGGCAAACUAAGACGUAACUCAAACAGCGGACCUCACAUGGGACGAACCCAAUGUUAAUGAGCUAAGUCUAAUGUUCUCUCUCAUAAGCAGUAGGUUCGUAACACGUGACGUUCUACGCGGGACUCUGGUCUGAUUCUUGUUUUCCUGUGUGAAUGUACUUGUAGAAUGCUUUAUUACAGCUACAAAGACCCCAUUACUACAUCCAGUUCCAGUGACUUUAGCAUAUAUAUUAGCAACAAAUGGACAUUGAGGAGAACGUAAGAAACAUAAAUACAAAAUUAAUUAACUUACAAUCUCAAUUACAGUCAAUUAUUUAUUCAACAGAACCCUCCAAAAUUGAGCUUUGGAUAAUCAUUCUUGUUGUUAGUUUACUUCUUCUCUGCUGCUGCUGUCCACUUCUAUUGUUAUUAGCGGUAAGUGAAAACUUUACUCAUAGGAAUCCGUUAGUCCGGUAUCUUCUUUGUCUUUGUCUUGCAAGCUGAGACUUUUUCCACAUGUGUCUCUGGUCGCAGUUAUAGGUUCCGUUUAAAUGUUCCAUCACUUCCUCUUACACACUAAGGUAACUGACGAAUGUCAUGGAGUCUGAAUUUUUUUCUUGUUUUUUUCAAUAGUGAGGAAUAGUAAGGAUGACUCUCUGUUUUUAGGAAAAACUGUUUGAAUGCAGAGGUCCACGCAACGCGUAAAUUAAACUGACUGGUUCCUCUUGCUGGAUCUCUAAUGAAAGAGAUGCUGUAGCCAGACGUCACUUGAUGUGUAAAAUAACACAAAACUGAAUGCAGAGCUGGUAAUGCGGCAAAGGGCUGAUUUAUUGUAGGCCAAUAUUUAAUUAGCCUUCCUCAGGGCCAGAGUUAUACCGAGAGAAAAUAUCUGUUAACGGCUCCGAAAAUUUAUAUUGGAAAUUUACAUAAGUGGUUAAGAAUUAACUACAAUUAUAAAUGCUACAUAGAAUGAUAUACAGGCCGAAAUAUUGUCCUAUAAUAAAUCAGCCCUUUGCCGUAGUGCAAGCCUUGCAUUCAGUUUUGUUCUCUGUUUUUGUUUUUAAACCCUUUUUAAAAACUGUGUUAAACUUAAUCAUUUCAAUAUGCACAGGUCUCAUAAGAUGAUUAACGACACUGCAAACGACGUAAUAUCUUAAAAAGUGGACCGUUCACUAACUAGUGCAUAUUUAUUUACUUAUUUGUAGUUCAGUAUAUGAGCCUUAUUUUCUCUUUCCUACAGCGGAGAUAUAAGCGCAAGCGUUCUCAAGAUGUAGUCAAUAUUAAUGACUUCUCUGAUUGGUAUGCCCCAGGUCUGCGGGCAGACGGCCAGUCUCCGGUAAGUAAUUAUAUAAUGAAUACUAAAUACAUUUCUCUCAGUUUGUGUAAAUGGGGCGUGGACUUUAUUUGUACCCGGUAAAUGUUCUUUUUUAAGGUAAGCUAAUUAAGUGUUGUGUACUACUGUCUUUCGUGUCAAUUUUUUUUUCUUUCAAAUUGAAGAGACUUGCACUUUCAUGAACAUUUCAAGCUUGAAAUAUCACGUAAGUGUGAUAUAAUAGCAGAAAACAGUUCUACCUUGUGUAAAUUUCAUGAGGAAAGAAAGGGGCUACGGCCGAUAGGAUUUAAUGCUGAUCUACCCAUCCGAGAAAAUUUGGCAAUCACGUGACCGUACAGCCGCCCGCCCGACCUUCAGGCCGUGCCACAGGCAAACCAAUGGAAAAUAACUCAAUCAACAGAUGUGUCAACCCAAAUGCAACUCGAGCUUAUUUUGGCGGGAAAUCGCAUAGCCACCUGUGUCUUGUAAAGCAGAGACAACUAGAUAGUCAAAAAAGUCUAAAGACGAAAACGGAAAGGGAAAAUUGUUUCUGUAUCCGUGUUGUGUAAAAUAUUAAGCUUAGAUUAAUUGUUAUGGCCACAAAUUUGGAGUAUAGAGCAAGAGAAAGACAGAGAAAAAGAGAAAGUAGGCGGCAGGUCAGCGAAGCUCAACGAGAAAAAGGGCGACAGAGAUCUAGAGCGACAGAUAGAAAACAGGAGACGUUUUUGUGUUGGAAGAACUACAUUAAAAUUUUGUAGCGGCGGUGACAAAAUAAGAAACGCUAGCGGCCACCAAUCAAAUGCAAGGUGAAAAUGAGCGGCAGUGAAAAAAAGUGAACGAGAACACGUACGACAUUUCGUCCAUUAGAAGUGUAACUAAGACCCUGUUUACAUGGAGUGGGGGACCCCGGUCUAGUGGGGUAGGUUUCUUUUGUUUUGUGUCCUCCAGAGCGUGAAAACAAAAGAAACCAACGCCACUAGACCGGGGUCCCCCACUCCAUGUAAACAGGCCCUUAAGAAGUUUCUAGAAGUUUCACGUUGCAGUCGUGCAAAACAGCGGCAAAGUAAUGUACAAAAAAAGUGUGCGGCACGUGCAAAGUUGCUGUUAUGCUAUGAUUAGACCUAUUGUUGUUUUUCACUGUUCUCCGUUUCCUUCCCCGCUUAGCAUUACACGAUUUUAUAUUUUGUUUGAAUGAACUAAAAAUAUUAUCGAGAGCUUCGCUUUUAGCCCUGGCUAAAUCCAUAUAUUACGGCUUAUUGUGUGGUAUUAAUCCUUAAAGACAAAUUUCUUUGGAUUGGUUCUCAUGGUUUUCAGACGGAGUUUCACAGUCGCCAAUAAUACUAUUAUAAAUAAAGAAGGAAAUACCAUGUUAUAGCUACAAACAACAUCAAAAUAAUCGAGAUACUUUCCUUGAACGGGGUAUAUUUUUAUGACAAAACAACCCCUCCCCCCUCCUCCCCCUUUGAAUGUUGGGGAGUUUGUUGUUUCCUACAGGUGACAGCACAACUGUUACAUUGAUUAGAAGGAGUAGGAGAUUGAUUAAACUUCUUUUUUCCAUUUUGAAGUAGAUAGUUUGAGCAAAACGUGAGGAAUGUCCUUAAGGGUAACGUGUCGUACUAAAUUUGUUGCAUAUUGUAAGCACCAUUAAUGAGACACGCAACUGGUCUUAGAUAAUCAACAAUAACUUUAUUGGUUUUUUUUAAUUUUUUUGCAGGCCCUUUUUGACGACUUGAAUGAGGCGAUUAUUUAG